AAAGACCAGAAGCCUAGCCACCUAAUCCUCCUCCCUCCUUUAGACACCACAGAUUGACGGGCGCUCCUCCCACCUAACCUCGUCUCCAACAAUGCUAUGUGUGGACUAAACUACCCUUCCAUCUAUCCAUCCCUGAACCAGAACAGAUGAACAAAGGAUGACAUGCCACCACCAACCAAACACCAAAGACCAAAGACCAAACUGUAGAACAAAGGAAACCACCGAAGGCCAGAGAAGGAAACUAAGAGCAUAGAUAUAUACCACAAUUGUAACAACAUAUACACUGAUAUAUAUAUAUAUAUAUAUAUAUAUUUAUAUAUAAUAUAUUGAUACAGACAUGGCUUCCCGGUCCCAAUCCAAGCCAUCAUCAGCACCACCUCCACCAUCACCGCGGUCAAAGACGGAGGCUUUGGAUGUUCCCCUUCAUGAAAUUGGGUUCGAGAUUGAAGAGGUAACCCCAAAAAAGGUCUCCGGUCACCUCCAUGUCACCCAAAAGUGCUGUCAGCCUUUCAAGGUGUUGCAUGGAGGGGUAUCAGCUCUCAUAGCUGAGGCUCUAGCUAGCAUAGGAGCCCACCUGGCCUCUGGUUUACAAAGAGUGGCUGGGAUUCACCUCAGCAUCAACCAUUUGAAGCGUGCGGAGCUUGGUGACCAUAUCUUUGCUGAAGCCACGCCUGUCAAUCUUGGCAAAACCAUUCAGGUUUGGGAGGUGAGACUGUGGAAGAUUAAUCCUUCAAACUCAGACAUCAAGUCCUUAGUAUCAUCAUCAAGAGUUACUCUUUUAUGCAACAUGUCUGUACCAGAGCAUGCAAAAGAUGCCGGUGAUGCUCUAAAGAAGUAUGCCAAAUUAUAAGUUUUGUUGUACCCUAUUCAUGUUCAACUCUUUCUGUUAUUGAACCAAUGGAGAAAUUAAAGACACUUUGAUUUGUAGCAUUAUAACUAGCAAUGGUGCCCGCGCGAUGCUGCAGGUUUUGAAAUUGUAAGAAAAUGUGUAUAAAGUCGUGAAAAUAUGCAAGCAAGAUGAUACCAUUUAUAUAA